AUGGUUAAAAAAGGAGAUCUUAUUAUGUACAAUGAUACUAGUUCUUCUUACACUCAAAUUUCAUCAGAGUUGGCAGAGUUUAUUGGUUUGAGUGGUCAUCCUUCUAUAUUUGAUACAUCAAUGAUUGGUGGAACUGUACAGAGAAAUUUUUUAUGUCCUGCAAGACUAUCGGUUCUUGAUGGGGUAGAGCUUCCUGUUGUUGUCAAAUGUUCACCUGGACAACCAUCACUAUUUGGUUUAGAGCCAAUGUUGUUGCUCAACAUGCAAAUUCAUUGUUUAAAAGGCAAGUUUACAAUUGACGAUGAUCCAAUCAACUUGCAGACCAUUCAUCCAAAGCCACCCUUUCCUUUUCUAUUUUGGGAUCAACUACUUGUACAUUUCAAAGUUGAUCCAAGUAGCAUUGUUCCUGUCAGAGAUCUACCAAAAGUAUCAAGAAUAAACGUUGGAAUAGGCCUUGGUAUUUCAUAUCAAAGUGAUGUUGACUUUAAACUUUUAAAUGGUGAUUAA